AUGGCGCCGUCUUUACCCCGCAAGCUCUGGGAGCAUCCCAAUCCAAAGUCCACCAAGAUCUGGGCCUUUAGAGAGAAGCUGGAGCAAGAGAAGGGGAUUAAGCUACCGACGUACGAUGCGCUGCAAAAAUGGUCUGUGGACAACCGGGCCGAGUUCUGGGCCUUCUGCUGGGACUACCUCCCCAUCAUCUACGAGGGCAGCUACACGACCGUCGUCGACGAGUCAGCCCGGAUGGACAGCGUCCCGACCUGGUUUGAAGGUGUCCGCGUGAACUUUGCCGAGAACAUGCUCUUCACGGCGGAGAAGUCCCGUAAUGGGUCGGUGGCAGUCACAAAGAAAGACAAAGAGGAUGACAAGAUCGCUCUCACGCAGGUCCGCGAGGGAGGCGUAGAGCCAACGGUCAGCAUCACCUGGGCGGAGCUGCGACAGCGGACGGGACGAUUGAUGCAGGCGAUGAAAGCGGCAGGCGUCGUCCAAGGGGACCGCGUCGCGGUUGUGGCCAGCAACAGCAUUGAUACCCUCGUGGUGUUCCUCGCGACCACUGCUCUGGGAGCGCUGUUCUCGUCGACGUCCACCGACACGGGUGUCAAAGGCAUCCUGGACCGUCUGCUCCAGCUCAAGCCGCGCUGGGUAUUCGUGGACGACGCAGCAGUCUACAACGGGAAGCAAAUCGACCUGCGUGACAAGAUCAAGGACAUCGUCCAAGGUCUCGAGGGCGUCCGCGAAUUCACCGGCGUCAUCACUCUCCCCCGAUUCCCAGGUCGUCCGGUUGACGUGAGCGCCGUCCCACGCACCCAACCGCUAGCCACAUUCCUAGCCCAGGCGGCGUCCGACAAACUCGAGUUCGUGCGGAUCCCCUUCCGCGACCCCUUCCUGGUCGUAUACUCCUCCGGGACGACAGGAAAACCGAAGCCCAUCGUCCACGGCGUAGGCGGGUACGUCCUCAACAGCAGCAAGGAGGCCCACCUGAACCGUAACCACGGGCCGCACUCUGUCAUCCUGCAAUACACCACGACCGGAUGGAUCAUGUACAUGCAGGCCAUCUCGGGGCUGCUGUUCGGCGGGAGGCCCAUCCUGUACGACGGCAGCCCGUUCCUCCCCGACGUGGGUUUCCUCAUUCGCCUCCUGGGCGAGCACAAAGCAACGCAUUUCGGCACGUCACCGCGGUUUCUGCAUGAGCUCCGUAAGAACGGCAUCCGUCCGCGGGACAUCGCGGAUCUCAGCUCCCUCAACAUCGUCACGAGCACUGGCAUGGUGCUGGCAGAAUCCCUCUUUGAGUGGUUCUACGAUGAGGGCUUCCCCGCACACGUCCAGCUCGCAAAUAUCUCCGGAGGCACCGACCUGGCGGCGUGUCUGGGUCUCGAGAACCCACUGACCCCGCUGUACGUCGGUGGAUGUCAAGGCGCUGGUCUUGGGAUCGCAGUGGCCGUCUACGACCAGGCAGAUGAAGGCGCUACGGGAGUCAAGGGUACCCAGGUCCCCGAUGGCGUCGCGGGUGAGAUUGUUGUCACUCGUAGUUUCCCGACCAUGCCGGUGAAAUUCCUCGGAGACGAUGGACCGCAGAAGUACUUUGACUCGUACUUUGCGCGCUUCGACAACGUGUGGACCCACGGCGAUUUCAUCAUGAUCCAUCCCGAGACCAAACAGAUCUUCUUCCUGGGUCGGUCAGACGGCGUGCUGAACCCCUCGGGCAUCCGCUUCGGCUCCAGUGAGAUAUACAAUGUCAUCGAUACGCAGUUCACCGAGGACAUCGUCGACUCCCUCUGCGUCGGGCAGCGACGUCCCCAGGACACCGACGAGUCCGUGAUGCUGUUCCUGCUAAUGCGCCCAGGGCGCCAGUUCACUCCGCAGCUGGUCGCCCGCGUGAAGGAAGCCAUCAGAAAGGCACUCAGCUCGCGUCAUGUGCCGAAGUACGUCUUCCAGACGCCUGAAAUCCCGACGACUGUCAAUCUGAAGAAAGUCGAGCUGCCGGUGAAGCAGAUUGUAUCUGGAAGGAAGGUUAAAGCGUCCGGCACGCUCGUCAAUCCCCAGAGCUUGGACUUUUACUAUCAGUUUGCUGAGGUGGAGAAGCUGCUGCCCCCGGUGAGCAAGCUGUGA